CCCUUUCUCCCCAGAAACACACUUCACACUUCACACUCCACAAUCCACAGACUCCACUCCCCUACACACCACCAUGCCUGACAGACCCAGCCGCAGAACACUGCUGGGCAGCCCUCUGCAGGUGCUCAAGAGCGCCUUUGGAGGCCGUCACAGCCGGUUCUCAGGCAAUCCGGACCCCCAACACCGCCACCGCAACAGCAGUCGCAAUCACGACGUUCCCAACACACAAUACUCUCAACCUGAUGGUCCUCCUUCACACAACUCUCAACCCACAGUCACUGAGGCCAGCUCAUCCUCACCUCCAACCAGAGCCCUCCGUUCGGUGCGUGGAGAGCGAGUCUCACGAGCAACAAUGUCACCAUCAACACCUGACAUGAAAGAGUCCUUCAUCCAGGCAGAAGAGGGGGGCCAUGAUAAUGAAGACUGGAUCUCCGUACAUCAUGAGGAAGAGAGUCCCACCCAACGAGAAUUACCCCCCGUCCAGUCUACGAACAGAAAGAUCCCUAGUGCUCUCUACUCUAGACUUCCUACUCCGGUCAAUCCCCCGACCUCGGAUCUCUAUUCUCACGAGAUAUACCAGCAAGAAGGCAGACGCAAUGUGCUAUCCUCCAUCGGGAAACGGUAUACUGGUAUCAAACACCAAGGGGAAAGAAACGCCUACUUGGAGGGAAGUCACACCAUAUCCAGCCAGCAGCAUCAGCGAGACGGAAUGUGCGAUGACAGCAGACCAUCCGAGCAGCAGAAGACAACCAGCUUGCGAGUUCUGCUGCGAACAGACAAAAUCCAUGGCAGUGAAAGAGUCCCGUUGAGACGAACCAACGUUCUCCCAACAAUCUCAACUACCUCGAUCUCGCGCAUCCAUGACAGUGGUAAUCCUCGCAGGUCCCUGCCAGUCAUGGUGGUAGGCCGCCCUUCGACCCAGAUAUACAGUCGGAAGGAGGUCGCCCAGGAUAGAGCCUUGAAGCAGGCAAGUCCUAACCCUAGCCCAAGCCCAAUUGGCGUCAUUGCGGCAGAUGGGCACUCGUCACAUUCAGAGGAAGAACAAAAAACCGGUGAGGAUUGGCAACCGCAUGCCCGCGAUCGUCCACAGAUGCCUUUCGAGAAAGAGCCCCUGAGGCGGAUCCGAUGGACGAGCAAAUUCGAGGACCUGCGAGCACAGGAUUCAGACAAUGAGGACAAAGAGGUCAGAGGAGCAGCAACAACUCAAUCCCAAGAUGACGAAAGAGUGAGCCUCACACCCCAAGCUCAGCCAAAUGCAGACGCCAAACCAGCGCUGGAAACAAGGCUCAGACACAGGGAACGAACAGAUAGAAUGGUAUCUUCACCACGAGGCCAGCCUUCUUCUUCUUCUUCUUCUUCUUCUUCUUCUCGGAUCCCUGCCGCUGCCUCUAGAAACAAGCCGACACUAACGGUGCAUACCACUGGUCUUUCACAGGUAUUGGAAGCACAGCCCCGCGAGUACUGGCUUGGUCGGCUCAUGACCCUCACCAACGCCUUUCAUUACGAAGACUCCUUCCAGGAGCCUGAUGUCGCGACGGGAUUUGGCAUGUUGUCCAGCUAUUCCCGGCCCUUGGGGGGUUCGGAUGGGGAUUCGGAAAAAUAUCGGAUCAAGCGUGCGUUUAUGGUGUUGGAGAAUGUCUGUGUGACAGAUGAGGCGAGCGCCAGUCUUCGGCAGUUUCGGGACGAAAGAAAGUAG